AGACGCUAUUUUGGUGUUCACGUGCCCACAUCAUACAACACCGAUGGUGGAGCUGCUCCUCUGUUGUUUGCUUUCCACGGCCGCAGCGAAACACCAGCAAACAUUGAAGGAUACUCCGACCUCUCCAACGGAAUCUUCAAUCCGUAUGGGAUAGUUGUGUAUCCAUUAGGUAUAGUAGCCAAUGUUUCAGACUAUCCACAGUGGGCAGGAGACCCAGACACGGUCAACCGUGUGCCGUACGUGGACGACCAGACGUUUGUACAGGAUCUUAUAGUUCACAUGACAUCAAAUUAUUGCAUCGACACGAGUCGUAUCCUUGCUACAGGCUUCUCUAACGGCGGUGGUUUCACUGAUAUACUGGCCUGCAACUCUACCCUAUCGAAUCAAUUCUCGGCUUUCGCGGUAAACGCUGGCGCUUUCUAUACUAAUUCUAUAUGCUCUCCAGGCAGAACAAACUUACCCAUCCUCGAAUUCCACGGCGAUGCUGAUGGCACAAUCUUGUACACCGGAGGGCCACGCCGUGGUUAUUGCCUGCCUAGCAUCCCUCAUUGGGCUUCCGACUGGUCCGCCCGAAAUGGGUACUCCGAUGCUUACGUCUCAACACCUCUAGCGAAUGGACAGGUUAUCAAAUACGAGUACGGAACGGGAGAAAAUCAAGGAAUCGUUACCCACUACAAAAUCGCAGGCUGGAAACAUGCUUGGGUUCGAGAGUCUUCUGGU